GGGGGACAAACCGGGGGAAAAAAAGAAAAGAAAAAAACUAUCUUAGUUCACCAAAAUCCCUUCCACUCCUUCCUCUUCUCCUCUUCUCUUCUCUCAGGACUCUGCUAAACUGGGGAUCUUCUAUCUUCUUUCCUUCUCUCCUUUUCUUUCUUCUCCUUCCCUCCUUUACUUUAAUCUCUAUACUCUUAAUUUCUUCCCCACGCUCCUUUACACCCCAUUCUUCAGUCUCGUCCCUAAUUAACCGUCUAACCGCUGUCCAGACGACAUCAGAACGAGAACCUUCAUAAACUCUCUCUCUUAAUCGGCAGCGCGCCCCGAACGGCGUCGCAAUCCCACUGCCUACCAUGUCCGUCCCCGGAAUCUCCGGCAUCCCCACCAACUACGAUGCCACUGCCGAGCAGGUCGCCGCCCCUGAAUCCCAAGACUCGGCCGGCACCCGUGCUACCUCGGUCACCGAGGUCGCUCACAGUGACACCACCCGCCGCGGCGACGAUAAGGCCGACGCCGCCGCCGCCGCUGACGCCAUCGAGUCCGACGAUGGGGAACACGAAGAGCGCGAAGAGAUGAACCGCCGCCUUUCCAUGGUCCACGAUCUCGCGAGGAAAUACUCCCGGGCCUCUUCCACCGGCGCCCACAUCUCCCAGGGCACCAACCCCUUCCUGGCCUCCGAAGACCCGGACUCACCACUCAACCCGCAAUCCGAGAAGUUCAAUGCCCGCGCCUGGGCCAAGGCCGUCGUCGACCUCAUCACUUCCGAGGGUGGUGGGAUGCGCACCUCGGGAAUCGCCUUCCAAAACCUCAACGUCUUCGGCUAUGGUCAAGCCAGCGAUUUCCAGAAGGAUGUCGCCAACAUCUGGCUGGGUGCCGUCGGUGCCGUCACCCGCCGCUUCUUCCCCCAGAGCCAGCGCCGCAUCGACAUUCUACGGGAUUUCGAUGGUGUUGUCCAUAAGGGCGAGAUGCUCGUCGUCCUCGGCCCGCCCGGUUCCGGCUGCUCCACGCUGCUCAAGACCAUUGCCGGCGAGACCAAUGGCAUCUACACCGACAAGAACUCCUACUUCAACUACCAGGGCAUGACGGCCAAGGAAAUGCACACUCACCACCGAGGCGAGGCCAUCUACACCGCCGAGGUCGACGUGCACUUCCCCAUGUUGAGUGUCGGUGAUACUCUCACUUUCGCCGCCCGUGCCCGCCGGCCCCGUCAGAUGCCCGACGGCCUGGAUCCCACCGUCUUCUCCAACCACCUCCGGGACGUCGUCAUGGCCAUGUUCGGCAUUUUGCACACCGUGGACACCCGCGUCGGCAACGACUACAUCCGUGGCGUCUCCGGCGGCGAGCGCAAGCGUGUCACCAUUUCCGAGGCCGCCCUCUCGGGCGCCCCCCUGCAGUGCUGGGACAACUCGACACGUGGUCUCGAUUCGGCGAACGCCAUCGAGUUCUGCAAGACCCUCCGCCUCCAGACCGAGCUCUUCAACACCACCGCCUGUGUGUCCAUCUACCAGGCUCCGCAGAGCGCCUACGACCUGUUCGACAAGGUCAGCGUCCUGUACGAGGGCUACCAGAUUUUCUUUGGCCGCGCCGACGAGGCGAAGCAGUACUUUGUCGAUCUCGGCUUCCACUGCCCCGCUCGCGCCACCACCCCGGAUUUCCUCACCUCCAUGACGUCCCCCGCCGAGCGCAUCGUCCGCGAAGGAUUCGAGGGCCGUGUCCCGCGCACCCCCGAAGACUUCGCCGCCGCCUGGAAGAGCAGUGCGCACUACAGGAAGCUGCAGGCCGAGAUCGAGCAGUACAAGGAGUCCCACCCCCUGAACGGACCUGAUGCCGAGGCGUUCCGUGCCGCGAAGCAGGCCCAGCAGGCCAAGGGCCAGCGGAAGAAGAGCCCUUAUACCCUGUCCUACACGCAGCAGGUCCAGCUCUGUCUCUGGCGUGGUUGGAGGCGUCUUAUGGGUGACCCCAGUCUUACCGUCGGUUCGCUUAUCGGCAACACCGUCAUGGCCUUGAUUGUCUCUUCCGUCUUCUUUAACAUGGAGGAAACGGCCGACAGCUUCUUCCGCAGAGGCGCUCUCAUCUUCUUUGCCCUCCUGAUGAAUGCCUUUUCUAGUGCCCUCGAGAUUCUUACCCUGUACGCCCAGCGACCCAUCGUCGAGAAGCACAGCCGUUAUGCCCUGUAUCAUCCCUCCGCCGAAGCCGUGUCGUCCAUGCUCUGCGAUAUGCCGUACAAGGUCGCCAACUCCAUCGUCUUCAACGUCAUCAUCUACUUCAUGACCGGUCUACGACGGGAAGCAGGCCCCUUCUUUUUCUUCCUGCUCGUCUCCUUCUCCGCCGUUCUGGUCAUGUCGAUGAUUUUCCGAACCAUCGCCUCGUCGUCCCGCUCGCUGUCGCAGGCCCUCGUCCCUGCCGCCAUCCUCAUUCUCAUCCUCGUCAUCUUCACCGGCUUCGUCGUGCCCGUGCGUUACAUGCUCGGAUGGUGCCGCUGGCUCAAUUACGUCGAUCCCUUGGCCUACGCCUUCGAAGCCCUCAUCGUGAACGAGUUUAACGGCCGUGAGUUCAUUUGCACCCAGUUCCUACCGCCCUAUCCCGACGCGGCCCGAGAGAACAAGGUCUGCAAUUCGGUGGGCGCCAUCGCCGGCAGCGACUACGUCAGCGGUACCGUGUAUGCUUCCUCCAUGUUUUCGUAUGAAUGGAGCAACCGCUGGCGCAACUUCGGUAUCCUGAUCGCCUUUGUGUUCUUCUUCCUUGCCACCUACAUGAUCGCCGCCGAGCUGGUUUCCGAGAAGAAAUCCAAGGGCGAGGUCCUCGUCUUCCGCCGCGGCCACAAGCCGGCGGUUCUCAAGGAAAAGGGCGGUGCCGAGGAGGACCCGGAGGACAUGGUUCGCGUGGGUCCCAUCACCACGGCCGACCGGUCUCGCAUCGUCCAGCAAGGCGGGAAAGAUGCCAACCUCCAGCAGUCGACUUCCGUCUUCCAUUGGGACGAUGUAUGCUAUGAUGUCAAGAUCAAGGGGGAGACGCGACGUAUCCUGGACCACGUGGACGGCUGGGUCAAGCCGGGAACGCUCACGGCGCUCAUGGGCGUCUCCGGCGCUGGCAAGACCACCCUCCUGGACUGUUUGGCUGACCGGACGUCCAUGGGCGUCAUCACCGGCGACAUGCUCGUCGACGGCUGGACGCGGGAUACUUCGUUUCAGCGCAAGACGGGUUAUGUCCAGCAGCAGGAUCUCCACUUGGAGACGACGACGGUGCGCGAAGCGCUCAACUUUUCCGCCCUGCUCCGUCAACCUGCCCAUGUCCCCAAGGCGGAGAAGCUCGCCUAUGUCGAUGAGGUGAUCAAGCUGCUCGAGAUGGAGGAAUAUGCCGACGCCGUCGUCGGUGUGCCCGGUGAAGGUCUUAACGUCGAGCAACGCAAGCGCCUCACCAUCGGUGUCGAGCUUGCGGCCAAGCCUCCUCUUCUGCUCUUCGUCGACGAACCGACUUCUGGCCUCGACUCGCAGACGUCCUGGGCCAUCCUGGACCUGCUGGAGAAGCUGACCAAGUCGGGCCAGGCGAUUCUCUGCACGAUCCAUCAGCCCUCGGCUAUGCUCUUCCAGCGGUUCGACCGGCUCCUCUUCCUGGCCAAGGGCGGCAAGACGGUGUACUUUGGAGACAUUGGUGAGAACUCCAAGACUAUGACGUCGUACUUCGAACGCAACGGCGGCUUCCCCUGCCCCGCGGACGCCAACCCGGCCGAGUGGAUGUUGGAGGUGAUCGGUGCGGCGCCGGGCUCGCAUUCCGACAUGGAUUGGUACGACGCGUGGCGGAGCAGCCCCGAAUACGCGGCCACCAAGGCCGAGCUGAAGCGUCUCCGUGACGAGCGGUCGCCGGACCCGGCGUCGGCGCUGAACAAGGAGGACGCCGCGUCCUACCGCGAAUUCGCCGCGCCGUUCUGGGAGCAGCUCCGGCUCGUGUCGCACCGCGUGUUCCAGCAGUACUGGCGCAGCCCGUCGUACAUCUACUCCAAGACGUCUCUCUGCAUCCUCGUCGCCCUCUUCAUUGGAUUCGUUUUCUACAAUGCGCCCAACUCGAUCCAGGGCAUGACCAACCAGAUGUUCGCCAUCUUCAACAUCAUGACCAUCUUCGGGCAGCUCGUGCAGCAGACCAUGCCCUACUUUGUCAUCCAGCGGUCGCUGUACGAGGUGCGCGAGCGGCCGUCCAAGGCGUACUCGUGGAAGGUGUUUAUGCUGUCGCAGAUCAUUGCCGAGCUUCCGUGGAACACGCUCAUGGCCUUGUUCAUGUACGUCUGCUGGUACUACCCGGUCGGGCUGUACAACAACGCGGCGGCGGCGGGCCAGACGACGGAGCGCGGCGCGCUCAUGUUCUUGUUCCUCUGGGUCUUCCUCCUCUUCACGUCGACCUUUACGGAUUUCAUGAUCGCCGGGUUCGAGACGGCGGAGGCGGGCGCCAACAUCGCCAACGUGCUGUUCAUGAUGUGCCUGAUCUUCUGCGGUGUGCUGGUCAACCCUUCCGACAUGGAGAGCUUUUGGAUCUUCAUGUACUACAUCUCGCCCUUCACGUACAUCGUCAGCGGCAUGCUCUCGACGGCGCUGGCCAACACGCGGGUCGAGUGCGCGGACAACGAGCUGGUGCCGAUCGUGCCGCCCACGGGCAUGACGUGCACGGAGUACCUGGACCCGUUCCUGGAGCAGGUCGGCGGCUACCUGACGCCCGACUCGGUCAACUCGACGGAGCAGUGCCACAUGUGCCCCAUGGGCGACACCAACACGUUCCUGGCGUCGGUGCGGUCGGAUUACGGCGACCGGUGGCGCAACUUUGGGGUGGCGUGGAUCUACAUCGUGUUCAACGUUUUCGGUGCCCUCGCGCUGUACUGGCUGGUGCGGGUGCCUAAGAAGAACGGCAUCUUUGGCAGGAAGAAGAAGCAGGAGUAAUACUGAAGGGGAAUCCAAUAAAAAAAAUAAAAAAUAAAAGAAAAGGGGGAGAGUGGUUUUGCGUAUCUUGGAGGAUAUAUCCCCGGCUGGCAAUCGCCAUGCCAUACAAUGCCUUGCGUUGGCGGUAUUUGUCUUAUAUUCUUGUGUAUAUAGAUGUUAGAUGUUUGGAUCCCGCAUGCCCGCCCCCCCUCUCUCUUGUUACGGAGCAGAUAUGGGCAUGGGACGGAGAAUCAUUUGCUGCGUGCAAUGGCUGUAAGACAUGCUAUAGCGACUUGACAUCAUACGAUAAUAGACGGUU